CCUACAGGCCCCAGCCCCCGCGGCCUCGCACGGCCUAUCCCGGUUCCGGCGCCUCUGGCCCCUGAGUCCCCGCUGCGCGCAGCCUGUCUCGGCGGUCGAACCCCCGCCACCCCCGCAGCGUCUUAUCCACCCCCGCAGCCGCAGCCGGGUUCCUGGGAAGGCCUCGCCCAGUGGUGGCCCGCCCUCCGGACCUGGGCCCGGCUCGGGAGUGACCCAGGAAGAGACUGAAACAAUUCCUGCAGACUCUUUUUUCCUGAGGAUCCUAUUAAGAUUGUCCGGGGCCAAGGGCAGUACAUGUACGAUGAACAGGGGGCAGAAUACAUCGAUUGCAUCAACAAUGUGGCUCACGUUGGGCACUGCCACCCUCUCGUGGUCCAAGCAGCACAUGAACAGAACCAGGUGCUCAACACCAACAGCCGGUACCUGCACGACAACAUCGUGGAUUACGCACAGAGGCUGUCCGAGACCCUACCGGAGAAGCUCUGUGUGUUUUAUUUCCUGAAUUCUGGAAAAGAAAGAGUUGUCUUCGCUAACACCUGGUGUGGGACCAUGGCACUGGCUCUCCCUGACAUUCUCAGGCACCUACCCCAGACUUUCCCAAGAAGACCGGUCCUCCCUCACCCUAUCUGUCCUGGCAAAUGGCAGCACCGUCUGCGCCUCUGCUCAAGGUCAGAAGCCAACGACCUGGCCCUGAGGCUGGCGCGCCAAUACACAGGACACUGGGACGUGGUGGUAUUAGAUCAUGCUUAUCAUGGUCACCUGAGCUCCCUGAUCGACAUCAGCCCCUACAAGUUCCGGGACCUGGAUGGCCAGAAGGAGUGGGUCCACGUGGCACCUCUCCCAGACACCUACCGGGGCCCCUACCGGGAGGAUCACCCCAAUCCAGCUGUGGCCUAUGCCAGCGAGGUGAAACGUGUGGUCGGCAGCGCACAGGAGAAGGGCAGGAAGAUUGCAGCGUUCUUUGCUGAGUCUCUGCCCAGUGUGGGAGGGCAGAUCAUUCCCCCUGCUGGCUACUUCCCAGAAGUGGCAGGGCACAUCCGCAGGGCCGGAGGGGUCUUUGUUGCAGACGAGAUUCAAGUGGGCUUUGGCCGAGUAGGCAAGCACUUCUGGGCCUUCCAGCUGCAGGGGGAAGACUUUGUCCCCGACAUUGUCACCAUGGGCAAGUCCAUUGGCAAUGGCCACCCUGUAGCCUGUGUGGCCACAACACAAGCUGUGGCGAGGGCAUUUGAAGCCACCGGCGUCGAGUACUUCAAUACGUUUGGGGGCAGCCCAGUGUCCUGCGCUGUGGGGCUGGCCGUCCUAGAUGUCUUGGAAAAGGAGCAGCUGCAGGCUCAUGCUGCCUCUGUGGGCAGCUUCCUGAUGGAGCUCCUUGGACAGCAGAAAGCCAAACAUCCCAUCCUUGGGGACAUCAGGGGCGUUGGGCUCUUCAUUGGUGUGGAUCUGAUCAAAGAUGAGGCCACAAGGAUGCCAGCAACCGAAGAGGCUGACUAUGUGGUGUCCAGGCUGAAAGAAAACUACAUUUUGUUGAGCACCGAUGGCCCCGGGAGGAAUGUCCUGAAGUUCAAGCCCCCGAUGUGUUUCAGCUUGGACAACGCACGACACGUGGUAGCAAGGCUGGAUGCCAUCCUGACAGACAUGGAAGAGAAAGUGAGAAGUUGUGAGACACUGAGGCUCCAGCCCUGAGGCAGCUCUGCUGAGGGGUGUCCUCUAGGUUCACACUGUCUUUGCUGGGAGAAUCCCAUUUCCAAUGGCAAGACAAGUGUUCCAAGGUGCUCCAGAUUCGAAGUGCCCUGGGGCAGUGUCCCCACUGAGGGUGGUAACCCUCACUGUACUGUCUUCACCCCCUUGAACAGCUGCCCCAAGUAUCUGAGCCACUCCACUUUCUUUAAAGGGGCACAAGUCCUAGGGAAGGCCAAGUCAUUAAAGUAAACUAACCAAAGAUGUGGAGAGUGUGUGCUUAUG